AUAGUAAUAUUUAUACUGACAAACACAAAUCACUCAUAGUAAUAUUUAUAUUGAGAAACUCUUAGUGCAAUGAAUAUUGAGAAACUUUAAGCUGCGGCUCCUGUAGUAAGUCAGCCAUGUUCAUACACACAGGUGUGAUCGGCUGCGCCUCCUGUAGUGAUUCAGCCAUGUUCAUACACACAGGUGUGAUCAGCUGCGCCUCCUGUAGUAAGUCAGCCAUGUUCAUACAUACAGGUAUAAAUAGCUGCGCCUCCUGUAGUGAGUCAGCCAUGUUCAUACACACAGGUGUGAUCGGCUGCGGCUCCUGUAGUAAGUCAGCCAUGUUCAUACACACAGGUGUGAUCACCUGCGCCUCCUGUAGUGAUUCAGCCAUGUUCAUACACACAGGUGUGAUCAGCUGCGCCUCCUGUAGUAAGUCAGCCAUGUUCAUACAUACAGAUGUGAUCGGCUGCGGCUCCUGUAGUGAGUCAGCCAUGUUCAUACACACAGAUGUGAUCAGCUACGCCUCCUGUAGUAAGUCAGCCAUGUUCAUACAUACAGGUAUAAAUAGCUGCGGCUCCUGUAGUGAGUCAGCCAUGUUCAUACACACAGAUGUGAUCAGCUGCGCCUCCUGUAGUAAGUCAGCCAUGUUCAUACAUACAGGUGUGAUCAGGUGCGGCUCCUGUAGUAAGUCAGCCAUGUUCAUACACACAUGUGUGAUCAGCUGCGGCUCCUGUAGUGAGUCAGCCAUGUUCAUACAAACAGAUGUGAUCAGCUGCGCCUCCUGUAGUAAGUCAGCCAUGUUCAUACACACAGAUGUGAUCAGCUGCGCCUCCUGUAGUAAGUCAGCCAUGUUCAUACACACAGAUGUGAUCAGCUGCGGCUCCUGUAGUAUGUCAGCCAUGUUCAUACAAACAGAUGUGAUCAGCUGCGCCUCCUGGAGUGAGUCAGCCAUGUUCAUACACACAGGUGUGAUCAGCUGCGCCUCCUGUAGUAAGUCAGCCAUGUUCAUACACACAGAUGUGAUCAGCUGCGGCUCCUGUAGUAAGUCAGCCAUGUUCAUACAUACAGGUAUAAAUAGCUGCGGUUCUCCAUGA